AUGGCCCUGUUCUUGGUUCUGAAGAGACUGAUGUAUGGCCCAGCCAAUCCGUCCCUCCAGGAGCGUCUCCGCCAAAGACUCGAACGUGGUCCAUUGCUUCCUCAUCGUGCUAUCGGAGACGAUGAUCCUAAUCGUAGACUUCUUGAUGUCGAAGCCCAAACUCAUGCCACUUUGGACCAUACGGGCAAUGAGAUCACCAACGCUCCUACUCGUGUUCGAGUGAACCCCAAGAUCGUCUCAGAUGCAAUCUUGGGACUUUCAGAUGGCCUUACUGUUCCAUUUGCGCUCAGUGCCGGCCUGUCAGCCCUCGGAGAGACUCGAUUCGUGGUCGUCGGUGGCCUAGCAGAGCUUGCAGCUGGCGCUAUUUCAAUGGGUCUCGGUGGUUUUGUGGGAGCUAAAAGUGAAUUGGAAUCAUACAGAACGACUAGGCGUGAAACUGAAGAAUUGAUCAACGCAGCGCCAGAUGAAACAGCCAACCGCGUUAGACAGGUUUUUGCUCGUUUCGGGGUUCCAGAGCGCAUCGUCACUGCGAUCAGUGACAGGUUGCACAAUUCGCCAGACCUGCUUAUGGAAUUCCUUUUGGUCUUUCAUCAUCGAGAAGUCGAGCCUAAUUGUAACCAACCCUGGAUCUCAGCCCUAACUCUUGCCGUCUGCUAUUUUGUUGGCGGUUUCAUUCCUCUGAUCCCUUACUUUUGCGUGAAGAAAGUCUUCGUGGCAUUCUAUUGGAGCGUUGGUGUCAUGGCAAUCACUUUAUUGAUCUUCGGAUAUAUCAAGACCUGCGUCGUGCGUGGCUGGCGUGGAAAAGAGAACAUCGUGGCCGGCCUUAAAGGCGGAUUGCAAAUGAUCUUUGUGGGAGGGUUGGCUGCUCGGGGCUGCAAUUGCCUUGGUGCGUGGGAUUGA